UAAUACGUGUAUUAUCUUUGGAUUAAUUACAUAUUACGUAAUAUGAUUUGAUAUCUUUAUAAUUAUACAUCUUAUGAUAUUAAAGUAUUUUAUAAAUUUACAUUGUUAUUCUAUGCUUAUACUUCAUAAUGGAUAACAGUGUUGAAAUACAAGUUAAAGUUUUAUUUUUCGCUAAAGCAAGAGAAAUAACAGGGAAAAAAGAAUGGUAUAUUGUUGUUCCACAAAAAUUAUCAUAUACUGAUUUGGUAGAUAAAAUAAUAACUCAUUUUAAUUUAGAAAAUAUUCGUGAUACUUUAAUCCUAGCAGUGAACGAAGAAUUUGUUCCCUUAAAUAGCACAUUAAUACUUUCGCAAAAAGACGAAAUUGCUGUUAUUCCACCACUUAGUGGAGGUUAGAAUGGGUACUACAAAAGAUAUCGUGAAAUUGCAACAAGAAGAGUUAAAUAUUGGAUAUAUAAUUGAUUUAGUAACUGCAUCUAAUUGUGGAGCUGUAUCAAAUUUUAUUGGUAUUACUCGUGAUAAUUUUGAUAAUAAAAGGGUAUU